AAAGGUGAUUUUAUUUUUUCUGUUCUUCUGGUUCUGAUCCCUUCAAACAUGGUAAAGGAAACAGCCAUUGAUAAUCAACAGCAACCUCGAAGAAUAUUCUCCACAAAACCCCUAAAAUUCUCAAACCCUAGAUCCACCAAACACAUUCCGAUCAUCCUCCUCGUAAUCGCGACCAUUUGUCUGAAAUCGCAGCCCUCACUUUCCAGCUCGCAUCCGCCGCCGCCGCCGCCGAUCCCAAUCCUCCCCAUCCCAAACUCGAAUCAAAUCUCAUGGCAGCUCACGGAAAUGGCCAUGUUUUUCCACUUCGGCACCAACACAUUCACGGACUCCGAGUGGGGAACGGGUCACGCCGACCCGUCCGUCUUCAACCCGCCAUCGUUAAACGCCACUCAGUGGGUCAACGCGGCCAAAGACUCGGGGUUCUCGCGGGUCAUCCUCACCGUCAAACACCACGACGGGUUUUGCCUGUGGCCGUCCGAGUACACCGACUACUCUGUGAAGUCGAGUACUUGGAGGAACGGGACCGGCGACGUGUUGAGAGAACUGGCCGCGGCGGCGAAAAUCGCCGGCGUGCAAUUAGGGAUUUAUCUCUCGCCGUGGGAUAGACACGAGCCUUGUUACGGCAAGACUUAUGAGUACAAUGAGUACUAUUUGGGGCAGAUGACUGAGCUGCUCACUAGAUAUGGUGAGAUUAGAGAAGUUUUCUUGGAUGGUGCAAAAGGCGAGGGAGAGAAAUCGAUGGAGUACUUUUUCGAGGAUUGGUUUAGUGUUAUUCAUCAACUUCAACCACGGGCCGUCAUAUUCUCCGAUGCGGGUCCCGACACACGGUGGGUUGGCGACGAGGGUGGUGUUGCGGGGAUCACUUGUUGGUCUCUUUUCAAUCGGAGUGAUGCUAAAAUCGGUGAUACCGAUACUGACUAUUCCAUAGGGGGAGAUCCCUUCGGGCACGAUUGGGUACCCGCAGAGUGCGAUGUCUCGAUCCGACCUGGAUGGUUUUGGCAUCCAUCGGAAUCUCCAAAAUCCGCACUAACACUUCUCGAUCUAUACUACAAAUCCGUCGGAAGAAACUGUCUUCUCCUACUAAACGUACCUCCAAAUUCUUCGGGUCUCAUUUCCCAACAAGACAUUCAAGUCCUCAAAGAAUUCUCCGAUCUACGAAAUUCCAUUUUCACCCUCAAUCUAGCAAAAAAUGCCACGAUUUCCGCUAAUAGUACGAGGGGCAAAACAGGCGAUUCUCGUUAUGGCCCACGGAAUGUUCUAGAAGAAGGAAUCUACUCCUAUUGGGCCCCAAACAGGUCAAUUUCGGAGUGGAUAUUGUACUUGGAUUUCGAAGAGGCUGUUACUUUCAAUGUCUUGCUAUUGCAAGAGCCGAUCCAAAUGGGCCAGAGGAUUAUCGAGUUUCAUCUCGAUUUCUUGAAUGAGGGAGGAGAAUGGGAGGUGGUGACUGGCGGCACCACUGUCGGAUACAAGAGGCUGCUGCUAUUUCCUAGUGUGAAAGCCAGCCGUUUGAGGGUUGUGAUUGAUGAAUCUCGGGCCGACCCGUUGGUAUCUUAUUUGGGUAUAUAUUUUGACCCGUUUUCUAUUUCCGGACAAGUCUCGAAGAUUUUCAAUGGGAGUGAAGUUCUUCAGCAAACUACUCGCAGGAAUUCCAGCACUUAUUAUGUAUAGUUUAGUUUUAGCACAAUUGUACAAGAGUGAUGUAUGUAUCUAUUGUAAUUCCUUUUACAGUUUUGUAUAAAUUAACCUUCGCAUUUACAUUUUCUUGUCUUUCUUAUUUUGAACCGAUAAGCUCAUGUUGGAUUUAUUGCAUUCAACACCCAUGUGUUUUCUC